GAUGAGAUCGCCACCGUUGGCAGCAUCUACUUCAUGGACACCGACCAGGACAUCGACAUGCUUGGUGGCGAAUUCCGGUGGGACCCGCCAAACGAUACCUCCGAGGUAGACUUCUAUGUCGGCUACUUUACCCUGGCCACUGGUACGGCUUAUGGAAGUCGCCGGUUCGAGUUCGAGGUCGCUGGGCAGCUCAACUUCUACAACAUGCCGUUUCAGACCCCACAAUCAGGGUAUAACUACUUCUCCAUCUACACCAAGUCCUCGCUGGCAGAGCAGACGACCCCCAACUCCAUC